GGAAAAAAAAUAAUACGCACUAGGUACAGCUGCGGAUUUCCAUUAUUUCUACGUGGGGUGAAGGACUCACACAAAUUCCUGAAAAGUGGUAGAAUCCAGAGGGCGCGAGCUUCCGAAGUGCUCGGUUGCAUCUGCGAAGAAACGGAAAACAAACAGAUGGAGAAGAUGAGUGAUGAGAACACCGAGGAGGUGAAGGUGCUCGAGGCUGAGAUCGAGCGUCUUCAAGCUGAAGUUAAAGCGCUGCAGCACCAACAACAGGAAAACAAUAAGGACAUAACGUUCCACUACAGAGGACAAAUGGAAAAUGCUCUAGCGUUCAUGUGUGGACAGAGACAAGAAGGAGGGAAGGAGAUGGUGAUGUCCAGACUCAAAGAGGAGGUGGAGGAGCUGGAGGAGGAUGUGAAACUGCAGACAGAAAUUAAUGGCAUCACUUUGAACAGCUGCACCACAAAGACUCUACAAAACAGUGGCAGAAAGCUGGUUCAGCAGCUCUCUUUGUCGGGUAACUGCUCUGAACUGGUCUUCCAGGUCGAGUUUCAGUUUUCUGAGAUCAAGGACAGUGAGAGAUCAAAGAGGACCAUCGGCGAUCUGAAUGUGGUGCUCGAUUCAAGUGACCUGCAAAACUUCAGCAGCUUCUUGUCAAGGGUAGAGGAGAGCAGGGAUCUUCUGCUAUUCUUCAGGACCUUAAGGACUUUUUCAGACAGAUGUGAUGACCGAAGCAGAACUUUCCAACACUUCCAAGAUAAAUAUCCGUCUGUCAUCUCUCUCCCUGGAGGCCCCAGGUCAGAGGUCAUGACCCUGAACCACCCCAAGCUUCCCGGCUGUAUGUUAUUCAUUCAUUGGUCAGUUGAGGUUUCCAGAGAGGGCGUCGUGACGCCAAAGAUCAGCCUGCUCACAAAGAUCCCAGAGAAAGCUCUCCAGCUGUUCCCUUCUCAGGCUGUAGGCGGUGCUGCUGAGGCCUUUCAGAGCCUGCUGAGGAUUCUGGGACCCGAAGCUGCCCUGGAGUCCAUCAUCCAAGCAGUCAGCCUUUCACAGGAAACUUAAAACAGAAACAGCUCCAAUAUAAUGGUUUUUUUCUAUUUAGAUUAAUGUCACAGAAAUGAAGGACAGCAAGAGUUUAGUCUCUUAGAAAUCUUUAUUUCAAUAGAAAGAGCACGACUGUAACAGCAGAGCUCACGGGUCAAAAUCUACAAAAAUAAAUAAUUUAAAUACAAAA